CUUCCGUUCGCGGCGUGCAAGCUCCGAUCUCUUUACAACUCGGCUAGCCAAGAUGGCGGAUGCACAAACCGAGAGGGCUUAUCAGAAGCAGCCUACCAUCUUCCAGAACAAGAAGCGUGUUCUGGUCCCAGAAGGCGGCAAGGAGAGCAAAGAAAAGCUACCCCGUUACCACAAAAGUGUCGGGCUGGGCUUCAAAACCCCAAGAGAAGCUAUUGAAGGCACUUACAUUGACAAGAAAUGCCCAUUCACUGGAAACGUCUCCAUCCGUGGCCGCAUCCUCUCUGGCGUGGUGACCAAAAUGAAGAUGCAGAGGACCAUCGUCAUCAGACGAGACUACCUGCAUUACAUCCGCAAGUACAACCGCUUUGAGAAGAGGCACAAGAACCUGUCUGUACAUCUGUCGCCAUGCUUCAGGGACGUGUCGGUCGGAGACAUCGUGACGGUUGGAGAGUGCCGACCGCUCAGCAAGACGGUGAGGUUCAACGUCCUCAAGGUGACAAAGGCGGCUGGAGCCAAGAAGCAGUUUCAGAAGUUUUAGGAACGCCAGGAGAAACAAGUCACCCUCAAAUAAACAAACUGUUGUUUAAAUCAA